AUGAAGUUUGAGGAAAUCAUUAGAAAAUAUGUCAGUCCAAUCAAGAGAUUUGAUCAUGUUUUGCCUAAUAAUUAUUCAGCCUAAGAUAUUUAUAAUUAUUAUGAAGAAUUGGUAUUUGAUUUAGUGAAUUAGGCUAAAUUUAAUGAGAUUGAAUCAUUUACAAAAAUCAGAUUUGCAAGAAAAUUCGCAGAAGUUGCAUAAACACAAGACCAAAUGGAUUGGUUGAAUGAUAGAGCCAAGGAGAUUUCUAAUGUGGCCAUGAGUUUAUUCAGACUCAGAUUUCCUUAAUUAUGA